AGGAAGGGGGAGCUGACGCUGCGGCUGCCUCCCGCGGCCCCGGCCUUUUGUGCGGGCGGCGGGCUGCGGGCGGCGGGGUCGGGUGCGGGCGGCGGCCGAAGAAGGCGAGGCGGCUGCCCAGCGGGGACGCUCAGCCGGGCCCGGCCCUGCCCUGCGGCUGGGCGCGCCCACCGCUCCGCAUCCAUGUUCGAACAACUAGAAGAGGACAUGCAUUUCUCACCCUUGGAUUACAGAUGAACUGACCGAGGCCUGGGGAGCUAGGGGGCCUGCUCUGGGUCACAUGGCUAGGAAGUGGAGCAGGGUGGCACCACCCCGCACUCUGGCCGGAGCACGCCAAGCAGCUCCCCAUCUCUCCGUAAGCGGCUUCAGCUCUUGCCGCCAAGCCGACCCCCACCUGAGCCGGAACCGGGUACCAUGGUGGAGAAGGGGUCAGAUAGCUCCUCAGAGAAGGGUGGGGUGCCUGGGGCACCCGGCACCCAGAGCCUGGGCAGCCGGAACUUCAUCCGCAACAGCAAGAAGAUGCAGAGCUGGUACAGUAUGCUGAGCCCCACGUACAAGCAGCGGAAUGAGGACUUCCGUAAACUGUUCAGCAAGCUCCCUGAAGCCGAACGCCUCAUUGUGGAUUACUCCUGUGCCUUGCAGCGCGAGAUCCUCCUCCAGGGCCGCCUCUAUCUCUCCGAGAACUGGAUCUGCUUCUACAGCAACAUCUUCCGCUGGGAGACGACAAUUUCCAUCCAGUUGAAGGAAGUGACGUGUCUGAAGAAGGAAAAGACGGCCAAGUUGAUCCCCAACGCCAUCCAGAUCUGCACGGAGAAUGAGAAGCAUUUCUUCACUUCCUUUGGGGCCCGAGAUCGCUGCUUCCUCCUCAUCUUCCGCCUCUGGCAGAACGCACUGCUUGAAAAGACGCUGAGUCCCCGAGAGCUCUGGCACCUGGUGCAUCAGUGCUACGGCUCAGAGCUGGGCCUCACCAGCGAGGACGAAGACUAUGUCUGCCCCUUGCAGCUGAAUGGUCUAGGGAGCCCCAAGGAAGUGGGCGAUGUAAUUGCCCUGAGCGACAUCACCUCCUCAGGGGCAGCUGACCACAGCCAGGAGCCAAGCCCGGCAGGUUCGCGCCGUGGCCGCAUCACCCCCAGCCUUUCCCGGGCCAGCAGUGACGCAGACCACGGGGCAGAGGAAGACAAGGAGGAGCAGACAGACAGCCAGCCAGACGCCUCCUCCAGCCAGACAGUGACCCCGGUGGCCGAACCCGCGAGCUCAGAGCCCGCCCCCCCUGACGGGCCCGCCUCCCUGGGCCCCUUGGAUCUGCUGCCCAGUGAGGAGCUGCUGACAGACACGAGUAACUCCUCCUCGUCCACGGGGGAGGAAGCCGACCUGGCGGCCCUCCUUCCCGACCUCUCCGGUCGUCUCCUCAUCAACUCCGUCUUCCACGUGGGUGCCGAGCGGCUCCAGCAGAUGCUCUUCUCAGACUCGCCCUUCCUGCAGGGCUUCUUGCAGCAGUGCAAGUUCACAGACGUGACCUUGAGCCCCUGGAGCAGGGACAGCGAGUGCCGCCAGCGCCGAGUGCUGACCUACACCAUUCCCAUCAGCAACCCGCUGGGGCCCAAGAGCGCCUCUGUGGUGGAGACACAGACGCUGUUCCGGCAUGGCCCGCAGGCAGGCGGGUGUGUGGUGGACUCAGAGGUGCUGACGCAGGGCAUCCCUUACCAAGACUACUUCUACACUGCCCACCGCUACUGCAUCCUGGGCCUUGCCCGGAACAAGGCCCGCCUCCGAGUGUCCUCCGAGAUCCGCUAUCGGAAGCAGCCCUGGAGCCUUGUGAAGUCGCUCAUCGAGAAGAACUCGUGGAGCGGCAUCGAAGAGUACUUCCACCACCUGGAGCGAGAGCUCGCCAAGGCCGAGAAGCUGUCUCUGGAGGAAGGCGGGAAGGAUGCACGCGGGCUGCUGUCCGGCCUGCGCAGGCGGAAGCGGCCCCUGAGCUGGAGGGGCCAUGGUGACGGGCCGCAGCACCCGGACCCUGACCCCUGCGCCCGGGUUGGCAUGCACCCCUCAGGCUCCCUCAGCUCCCGCUUCGCAGAACCGUCCGUGGACCAGGGCCCCGGGGCAGGCAUCCCCAGCGCCCUGUUUCUCAUCAGCAUUGUCCUCAUCGUCCUCAUUGCCCUCAACAUCCUCCUCUUUUACCGCCUCUGGUCCCUGGAGAGGACAGCCCACACUUUCGAGUCCUGGCACAGUCUGGCCCUGGCCAAGGGCAAGUUCCCCCAGACGGCCACGGAGUGGGCGGAGAUCCUGGCCCUGCAGAAGCAGUUCCACAGCGUCGAGGUGCACAAGUGGAGGCAGAUCCUGCGGGCUUCUGUGGAGCUCCUGGACGAGAUGAAGUUCUCGCUGGAGAAGCUGCAUCAAGGCAUCACCAUCUCAGACCCUCCCUUCGACUCCCAGCCACGGUCCGACGACAGCUUCUCCUGAGGAUAUCUGGCCGCUCGGCCAUCUCCCCAAAUGGACAGAUGGACACAGAGGAUCGGUGGCCACUGCUGGCUCGGUGUGAGCGCCGGGAACCUCCCGCCCACCCCUCCCAGUGGCCCGGCCAGGGGCCACGCAGACAUGGGGACCACAGAACCGAGAUGCACUUUAGACCAGCGUGUGAGUCCAGCUGCCAUCGCCUGCCCCGCCAGGGCACUGGCCCGGCCUUCGGCAGGCCCCCCACUAACUUAUUGUGCUCUGCUGGGGUUAUGGGGGGCACCUCCCGGGGUGCACGAUUCCCUCAGCUCUGGGUUUAAUGUAUUAUAUUUAUUUGGGGCUGACAGCGCCCCAAUAAAGGGUUGGAAAUGGC